AUGGUGGGCAAGGACUGCGUGGCCAUAGCCUGCGACCUGCGCCUGGGUCUGCAAGCGUUGACCGUCUCGAACAACUUCCCCAAGAUCUUCACCUACGGACCCUCGGUGUACCUGGGACUGACGGGGCUGGCCACGGACGUGCAGACCGUCAGCGACACCUUCCGAUAUAAGGUCAACAUGUACCGACUGCGCGAGGAGCGGAACAUUUCACCCCAGACCCUCGCCAACCUCGUCUCGAGCAGUCUGUACGAGAGGCGGUUUGGACCGUGGUUCGUCAGUCCCGUGCUGGCAGGAAUCAACCACACUACGGGGAAGCCGUUCAUCUGCGGGUUCGACAGUAUCGGCUGCAUUGAUUUCGCAAAGGACUUUAUCGUCGCAGGCACAGCGAGCGAUCAAUUAUUCGGAACGUGCGAAGGCCUGUGGGAGCCUGAUCUGUCGCCGGAAGAUCUGUUCGAAACCAUCUCACAAGCUCUCCUCAACGCUGUAGACCGAGACGCUCUGUCCGGCUGGGGCGCUCACGUCUAUAUCAUCGAAAAGGAUAAGGUCACCAAGCGGUUACUGAAAGGCCGACAAGAUUAG